AUGGUCGACAUCCACCCCUUGGCGGACGACGUCAUUCAGGCGCUGGCGGAGGUGGCGGACCUGAACGAGGUGAAGAUGAUCUUCGACCAGCUGUUCUCCCGCAUCCGCGUCGCGGCGAAGUACGAAGGAUCCACGCCAGUUUCUCUGAAAGCUUUGCUCAUAUCGGCCCUCGUGCGGAAGCAGAUCACCGCCCAAGCCUUCAUCAACGUGCUCGUCGCUGCCGACCUGGCUGCGAGCAACAUAAGGAGCGUGGGUGCGUCAACCUUAAGCAACAAGACGAAGGGGACAGGGAAGCUGGCGGCGGCGCUAGGGCAAAAUGCCACGACUACUUGCCGCUUUGUGGACAAGGAUGCCACCAGGAACAGCAUCGCAGGGCGUGGCCCGGACCUGGAGUUCACGGCGGCGGUGAAUGCGCCCAGUGGCUCCCGCACCGUGCGCGGCACCGGGGUGACGCAUUUUGAGCAAGCCGGGGCGACAGUGCUGGACUCUGGGGACUUCGACCAGAAACAGGAUCGCAUCGCAGGCUGGGGGAAGAAGACCAUGAGGAAGAACCUGGCGAAGCGGAAAAUGGACAAGAAGGAGACUGCCCAGGAGCUCGAGGAAUGGGAGGAGGAACAGAAAGACCUUGCCACCGCGGUGCAAGAGGGGAGGGAGCAGUCCCGCAAGGAGAAGACGAUGAUCGUGGCCGUCCCAGAGGACGUCGCCUCGGACCUCAACUCGGCUGGGUUCAAGAUCUUUGUGCUGAAGGGGGCCACCAGCAAGACUCUUGGGGAAGCCAUCCUGGAGUACGUUGACAAGGACUUCGCGAAGAAGCAUCCGGGGCUGGCAUCGAUGUUCGGCGAUGGCUCGAUGAACACGGCUGCCUACGACUUCCUGAAGGCCGAGGGGCUCCUCGUCACCGGCGACGCACCACCCGAGGCCGAGCAGGAAGGCGAGCCGGCAUCCCCAGCCAUAGUGGAGAUUGUGAACUUCGCCACGAAGUACUUACCCCCGGAGCUUGCGGCGCCUCUGAGCCAGUUCACCGUCUCGGACAACAAGGAGGCGGUCGACAUCGUCUCAGCCUGGAUCCAGGACUACUCAGUCGAUCUGACGAUCGAGGGGAGCUCACAGGCGCAGAAGCAGCUUGCCAAUGUGGUCGCAACGCUCUCGUCCUCCCACGAGGCAAUCAGGGCCGACACCGCGAGGAUCGCCGCCACGGCCCUGAAGGACGCCGUGAAGGAGAUCACAACUCUCCCCUACUUGAAGGGGACCUCCUUUUCGGACAACAUCUGGAGGGCGGACUACAUCUUCGCCGCGUUCUCUGCCGCUGCGGUCUACGUCGGAGAGGAGAUGAAGAGCGCUGCCAACACGAAGAAGGUCAUUGUGGUGCAUACAGCGACACCGAAGGCCCACCUCACCUAUGCUCUGGCCCUCGGAGGGAGGAUGUCCGCUGCUUCCUUUGGCCAGAGGAAGGACUCGAUGAAGCCGAGCCUGCUCUUCUUCAUUUCAGCAGCGGCGAGGAUCAGCAACGACCACAGGGAUCUCAUGAAGACGUUGCAGAUUACGGCAGGGGGCGAAGUGGACGACACAGUUGGGGUGGUGGCCGUCAUCGCCACGACAAGGAACGUCACGCUCGCGCCAGUGCGACUGGGCUCGGAGAGGGCCGCAGAGGCCAAGUCUUCCAUGGGAAUAGGAAGCGAGGUUGCGGCAGAUCUUUCCAACUCGUGGGCAGGGAGAGCGUCCGUGCCAGAGCUGCCAGGGAUUUGA